AUCAAAAAUGAGAUGUUUUUAGAGACUUUAAGACCUUGCAGGAAUAGAACAGGGAAGCACUGUUUAUGUAAUAUAAAACAAUGUGGAUUUCUGCGUAGAUUUUGGAGCCUUCCUUCACAAAGUGCCCUUGGGGCAAAGGCGGCUGCUGGGCUGCCGUAGGCAAAGCAUGGGCAGCAGGUGCAGGGAGGUGGUCCUUCCCCUGGGCUGUGUCCUGCUCGGGGCUCCCCAGUGCAAGGCAGCCAUGGCCAUAGUGGAGAGAACCCCCAGGCCAGUGCCCCCCCAGGCCCCUCCCACUUUCCGUUGGGCUGGGACUGCUGGUCAGUUGGAGCCACCAGCCAGAAGAGACAGCAGGACGGAGCUGUGCUGGCACCCAGCAGCGCUGGCAGGAGGCAGGAUCUGGCCCCGCAGCGCUGCCCCGGCACCAACACCAGCACCAGCACCAGCACUGACACCAGCAUCAACACCCGCGCCGCGUCCUUGCUGUGGCCGUCUGCACCGCGUCCUUGUUGCACGGCCAGGGUCCUCCUGUCCCGGGCGGGAUGGGCCAGGCCAACUGCUGCUGUGGCUCCAGGGAGGCUCUCAGCGACACCGAGCCGGUGCUGAGCGCGGACGUGCGGCUGACCCGGGGCCGCAAGAGGAGCGAGAGGCGCCUUCUCCUCCUCCAGGAGGACCUUCUCAUUGCCAAAUUGCAACGUGGCAGCACCCUGCGCCCACAGCUCCGCCUGCCCCUGGACCAGCUGUGGGUGCUGAGCGGUGGGAAAAAGGUGGUGCGGGUGGAAGAAGAGGAGGAAGAUGAGGACAGUGAUGAGGAUGGGAGCUGCCUCAUCUUCAUCUGGGACAGAGGCUCCUGCGUUGCCCAUUUUGGCUCGCAGGCACUGAAGGAGCUGUGGAUGAGCGCACUGCUGGGAACAACUGAAGAAUCCAAGAGACCCCGUGUGACCCACCUACCAACAUUGAAGCUUGUGGAGAAGGAGCUAAACCACCGCCAUGCUGGGAGGACGUUCAACACCAGGAGCCUGCAGAGGCUGAUGGAGCGCCAGGCAAAGGCUGAUCCCAAGGAAGGGCCUCUGCCAGCCCCAUCUGGAAAUGGAGGAGAACUUCGUCACUUGGCAGGUGAGUUUUGUCAAGAAAGGCAGCCUCCAGCAAGUGGUGUGUCUGUGCUCACUUGGCCCUUGAGUGUCACCAUGCAGGAUGGUCAGCCCAAGGGAGGAUGUCAGCUGCAGAAGCAAGGACACCAACAUGCAGUGCCUGCUGGACGUGGUUCUGUGGGGACACGCAGCCUCUGGUGCUGCCCACAGCUUGGAGGAGGGCAGGGCCACGGCUGUCCCAGGCUGUCCCACUGGCUCUCAGGAUCCUCGAAACUGGAGACACCGAGCCAGAGCUGCGGCUCCAGCUGCCGCUCCCUGCCCGUCCUGCCGCAGCGCUCAGCUCAGCUCUGCAGGCAGGGCAGGCAGGGCAGGGCAGGCAGGCUCCAUUGAUGGGCUCUUGCUCUGUUUUCCUUUGCAGCAGGAGGCAGCAGCAGCAGCAGCAGGAGGAGGGGGCUGCCCUGGCCCUUUGCUCUGCGGCACAGCCGGGCCGCUGCCCAGGCGCCAGGGCAGGUGGUCUCCGGCUGCAGCAGGGCACUGUUUGGCCAGCCCCUUGCAGCCCUCUGUGGGGAGGAUGGCACACUGCC